AUGUCUGUGGAGAAUAACUCAAACUCAAUAGAUGAUACUAUUAAUACAAUCCUACCAUCAUAUGGUAUGUUUACUUCCACAGUGGGAAUGACAAUUGAUACAGAGGUCAAUGAUGACGAUAGUAUACAACCACCUUGUUAUAACAAUACCACACGUAGUAAUUCCUUCCAGUCAGAUACUAGUUCUGCAACUACAUCAUCACAAAUUUCUUCUGGUUUUAAUAAUCUAUCAUUAAAUUCAUCAACUACCACAUCAACAGAAGAUACAACAUUACAAGGAAGUGAUGAAAAUGGAUCAUUCAUUGUUGCGGAUGAAAGUACAUGUUAUUGGAAGGAGACUAUUUUAGAUAAUGUUCAUCGUUUACCUAAUUUAACUUUUAAGAAACAUAAAGUUUCUGAAGCAAUUAAUAUUGAAGUUCAUUUUACAAAAGAUAUUUGUGAAAUUGGUAAGAAACCAGAAUUGAUUGAUCCUUCCCUUUUCGAAUAUAAACAAGGUGAUUUAUUAAAUGGUUAUGUUUUGAUUAAGAACACUUCGGAUAAACUUAUCCAUUAUGAUAUGUUUUAUCUAUUGUUUGAAGGUAAUUUCAUGAUUGCCAAUAAAGCAGAUCUACAAGAUAGAGUUCCUAUUAAGAUUAGAAAAUUUUUGGAAAUGUUUGAUUUUUCAGCUAGUUGGAAUGAAGGUAAUAUAAAUCGAUUAGUUACAGAUGUAAGAAAUCCAUAUAUAUGUGAAGAUAUUAGAGAUCCAAUUGAUGGUUCUGCAUUAUGCUUUGGAGAAAAGAAAAUUGUUUAUCCUGGUAUAACAUAUAAACGGUUUUUCACAUUUAGAAUUCCGAAUAAUUUACUUGAUUCAGAAUGUAAUGAACAUGGAUUAUCGAAACAUGUUGAGUUACCACCAACAGUAGGAUUAUCGAGAUGGGAAGUUGCACAUUUCCCAGAGAGAGCCAAAAAUAAAAUUAAGGAUUUUUCAAUGCUUGAUACUUCUGUUAGUUAUGGUGUAAUGGCAAGAUUCAUUGGUAGAAAAUCUACCUGGGAAGCUGAUUUUGGUGUUAUUGAAACUACAGCUGAUAAAACAAGAUUGAUUAAUUCCAAAGGUGAAGAGUAUGUCAUUUUGAAAGAAUUGACCAAUCAUUUCCGUGUUGUUCAAAAAACUGCCACUCCUACAGAUAAUGAAAGAUUGAUGAAAUUAUUGGAGAAUAAAUUGAUGUAUAAUAAUUUGAUACUGAGAAUUAAAGAAAAAAUUGAUCAUGGAAACCAAUUGAUUAAAUCCAUUGAAAAUGGUGAUUUCUCCAACAGUGUCGAAAUCGGUAGACAAUUAACAGAAACUGAAAUGGAGUUGGCCAAAUGUCGUCAAUUAUACAGACCAGAGAAUCUUCGUGAUGCAAAGACUAAUCCAAGCAAGGUAGAAAAAUACGAGACAUUUUUGCCCGUGGUCAAGAAAUCAAUAACUGGAAUCAAAGAUAUUGGUACAUUAUGUUUAUCUACACCAAAGAAGGAAUACUGUGUAUGCUAUAUUCCACCAGUUAGAUUUAGAAACCAGUCAAUUGAUCAACUUGCAAAAUCGUGGAAAUUGGAAAUUCCAAUUGAUUUAUCUGUAAAGUAUCCUUCUUUAAAAUCCAAAUCAACUCCACAAUUACCAACAAUCAAAGGAAUCAGUGCCGAGUUUGUGGUAUUGACACUUCGAUCUGAGAAAUAUGCUAUUCCAAUUGAGUUGAAUCAUGAUUUGAUAUUCAAUAAAGUCAAUACUGGCCAAUUCCAUGACAGUGAUAAUGUAUUCAACAAUAUAAUUAUUCCAUUCAGAAAAUAUUCUUCCGAGAUAUACCAAAUUUAUAAAAGAUUAGGGGCAGAGAAUUUCAAAUUGGAACGUCAAUUGGUUGAUGAUUUGAAAGCUAUUUGUCAAUUGCAACAUCAACAAUUUAAUUUGGUAGUUAGUGGACUUGAAAUAAAUGGUAAACCAUUUUGUAAAGAUUCGAUAAAUUGGAAUAUAGAACAAGACUCUGCUAAAGCUUCGAUUAAAAUUGGUCUUAAUUUAGAAAAGUUGCUGUUGAAAGGUGAAAUUAAUCCUACGAAAUUGAGCAAAUCAUAUGAUAGGUUUACUUUAGUUCCAGAUUUCCAGUCCUGUUAUAUGACUAGGUUGUAUCAUAUCAGAUUGACGGUUCAUUUAUCCAAUGGUACUUAUUCCAACAUCAAAGUUCCUGUUAGAAUACAGAAAGUUUUAUAA